AGAUAUUGGCGACUGUAGAAUUGGAAGUGAUAAAUGCCAUGUGAAUGCAUCCUGUACCAAUACAUCUGGUUCCUAUACCUGCACUUGCAAAGAAGGCUACACUGGAAAUGGUACACAUUGCGCAGGUAUAGAAAUAUAAUUUUUCAUUUUGAAAUACUCAUUCAUAAACAUCAGGAGAUAUGCAACUUAUCCCCCGAGCCGACGGCGCGAAGCGCCGUGCGAGGGUACUAAUUCUCCCCGGCUAUUUACACCAGGGGAAACGAAAGCAUUAGCGAAGGCUAAAGUUCAUCAAUGAUCGCGGGCGUGGCUCACCAACGAUGGGUGGUCGUCCUCACUGAUCUCAAAAAUAUGGCGGACUGUCAUGAAUAGCGGACACUGAUUGGUCCAAUUUAAAGUUUGCAUUAUAACGGCUGCAUGACGACAGCGAAAUAGCAAACAUUUCUUGAUUUGAUGAUUGAUAAAUUUCUUGCAAAUAUAUUUCAUUUUUGCUCGCAUUUUUGCAAGAUUUUUUAAAUUUCAAAAGCUUUGUCAGAAAGAAAGGGCGAAAGAAUCGGCUAAAAGAAGGUAGCCAACGUUAACGAAGGUAAGUUGUUUUAAAUAUUGAUUUUAUAAUUUCUUUAAAAACCCUAAGGCCUUUGCGUAUAUGAAACAAGUAAAGUACUAAACAAGACAGCAUAUAAUUUCAGUGUAUCUUUAAUACUGAUUCUCUCUUUCUUAUUAUAUAUUGAUUUUUUUAAAUAAAAAAGAAAGCAAAGUUAUUUGCAUGCGAGAAUUUGAAAUCAUUUUAUUGCAAACUCAAAGUUUAUCGAUAAAGCCAUUUAAUUAAAAGCAGCAUGUUUAGUUUUAUAAAGAACACUUUAAAACGUUUUGCAAAGCAUUUAUGGUUGAAUUUUACCUUAAAUUGAAGCUUUUAUUACGUAUAAUAACAUGCCUAACAUAUAUAUGUUGGGAAAUUGAUAAUUUUGUAAUUAAAAGUGAUAUUUUUAGGCGAUUUUUCAUUUUCUGGCCUACCAAUUUCGGGAGGGUGGAUACUGUAGUUCUUCAAUAAUUGAAAUGGCCACAGAACCAUCACUAUGGUUGCGUAGAUCCCAGGAGAUCUUGUGACGUCAUAAUUGUAAUUCAGAGGAAACGAUAUUUUCAGUACAAUGUAUCGCGUUAUAAUGCAUAUAUGGACGCUUUGAAGGCCGCUUUCGAGUUUAGGAUCUGGGUUAAAAUGGACCUGGCACCCUCUCCCGUCUCUCAGCAGACUGAAAUCACUGACGGAAUCGAGUAAACAAUACUUGUUUAAUUUUUCACAUUGGGCGACGGGAAAGGUAUAAUGGUUUGCAAAAUAUUUUUUUCAACAAAAACAACCCGAGAACAAAUUUGGUCAAAUAAACUAUAAAAGUAACCAAUUUAAAGAACCUGAUGUGGAAAUUUUGAUGAUGAUAAGACCAAGACAAGCGAGAACCAGUGGCGUAACGCUCAUUAGGUAGGGUUAGUUCAAAAACUAAAGGCUCACGACGGUUAAGGGGCCCCAUCAGCUACGGCCUAUCGCCCUGAAAGUUAGAAAACGUAAAAAAUGCAGGUUAAGGAUCAUGGGAAAAUACAAAAUUAAUAAAGCUAAAUAAUAAAGCCUCCAUGCACGACGCGGUAGCUGAUUUUUUGUUCCAUCUCGAAUAGAACAAAAGUCAUUCUUAAAAGUUGUUACAUAUGUGUUGGAGGCUGUUAUUUUCUUUGUUAUAGAUACGGAAUUUUCCAGAACAUUCUAUAAGUUUUCGGCAAAAUAAAUAUAAGAUCAACAGGGCCCCCCGCACCAAAUAUGCCUAAGAGCCCGAUCUUCGUCCGUUACGCCACUGACGAGAACAAAAACGUAUUUUUGGAAAUGUUUUUGUUUAAAUUCUUUUUAGUUUUAAUUCCAGGACCUACUACAGGAGAUCCAGUAACUCCUUCACGAAAUCCAGUAACUCCUUCAGGAGAUCCAGUAACUCCUUCACGAGAUCCAGUAAAUCCUUCACGAGAUCCAGUAACUCCUUCAGGAAAUCCAGUCACUCCUUCACGAGAUCCAGUAACUCCUUCACGAGAUCCAGUAACUCCUUCACGAGAUCCAGUAACUCCUUCAGGAAAUCCAGUCACUCCUUCACGAGAUCCAGUGACUCCUUCAGGAGAUCCAGUAACUCCUUCAGGAAAUCCAGUCACUCCUUCAGGAGAUCCAGUAACUCCUUCAGGAAAUCCAGUCACUCCUUCACGAGAUCCAGUGACUCCUUCAGGAAAUCCAGUCACUCCUUCAGGAAAUCCAGUCACUCCUUCACGAGAUCCAGUGACUCCUUCAGGAGAUCCAGUAACUCCUUCAGGAAAUCCAGUCACUCCUUCAGGAGAUCCAGUAACUCCUUCAGGAAAUCCAGUCACUCCUUCAGGAGAUCCAGUAACUCCUUCAGGAAAUCCAGUCACUCCUUCAGGAAAUCCAGUAACUCCUUCACGAAAUCCAGUGACUCCUUCAGGAAAUCCAGUGACUCCUUCAGGAGAUCCAGUGACCCCUUCACGAGAUCCAGUGACCCCUUCACGAGAUCCAGUGACUCCUUCAGGAAAUCCAGUAACUCCUUCAGGAAAUCCAGUGACUCCGUCAGGAAAUCCAGUGACUCCUUUAGGGAAUCCAGUGACCCCUUCACGAGAUCCAGUGACUCCUUCGGGAAGUUCUGUCGCUCCUUCAGGAAAUCCAGUGACUCCUUCACGAGAUCCAGUAACUCCUUCGGGAAGUUCUGUCACUCCUUCAGGAAAUCCAGUGACUCCUUCAGGAAAUCCUGUAACGUUCACACCCUCAGUAACUCCGGUGACUGAAGGGCCAUGUUUUACUUACCCUAGUCCAUGUCAUUCAGAAGCCACUUGUAACAAUAUUUCGGGAAGUAUUAUUUGUACGUGUAAAUCUGGAUACACUGGUAAUGGAACUCUCUGCACUGGUACGUAAACCAUUUGUGACAACACAUCUAAGGCUGCUGCCUGGAUUGAGCCUUAUAAUUAAAUCUUCCAGAAUUACUUUACCAUCUGUUUCACACUGUAUUUUAAUAUAAGCGGGAUAUAAUAGACAAUUUCGUUGACUAAUGCGUGUGCUGUGACGCAAUAAUAUACCGUGAUCUGUCAUGUGACUUGGUCCUUCAAGAAUAUAAACAAAACUAUAGCUUUUUUUAAAUACAAAAUUUAUCAGAAGUCCAGAAAGAAUAGAACGAAGGAACGUAGCAAUUUUAUCUGUAGGUCUACGUGUAAAAACAGUGAAUUUAACCGGCCUGGCAUUCGUUCCCAAAACAAUUUGAAAAAGAUAUCAUAAUAGCCGAAAAACAUAGAAAAUGGCAACAAAAACUGAACAUAAGGGAUUUAGAAAGUGCCUUCACUGCUCCUGAUAAAAACUGCUAGACAUAUUUUCGGCAGAAUGCCAAGAAUACAAUAAUUUAAAGAAAUUAAAACUGAGAAACACGAGAAACCAAUGAUUGAACGUGGAAACUCCAGUAGCCCUGGGUAUCACUGUCGAUGCAUUAAACAGUUUCCCUCAACUUUUUACAUCAAAACCUUAUUAAAAUCUUGUAUUGUUUAUGGUCGUAUGUUCGCUUAAAAAUUCAAGCGACAGUACAAAUAUGCGCAUCACGUCACUGAGUACAUGUUAGGAGAAUUAGGAGAAUUUCAAAGUCGAUUUUUUGAGUAAAAUUGUGUGCUCGGUCUGUAAACGGAACGAAACGGGACACCAUUUUGUUUUUGUCCGAAGGUGAAUAGUGCAAUGACAUUAGAAACUGAGCAACCAAUCAAAUUUCACGAAACACACUAACCACCUUCCGAGCAUAUGCUAAUUAAUUUUAUUUCCCAGAUAUUAACGAAUGCAACAGCAAUCCGUGCCAUGAAAAAGGAACGUGUCGAAAUUUUCCAGGACAUUUUACUUGUACGUGUGAUUCAGGAUUCACUGGUAAUGGAACACACUGCAUUGGUACGUAAAACGGUUUUAACAUACAAGUUAUCAUCUUCCUAUUUAGUUUAAAAUGAAUUGAUGAUCCGAAUGCAACAACAAAUUUAUUUUAGAAUGAAAUCAAAAUGUUCAUUAUAAGUGACUUUUAGCAACUUGUAAUUUGUUCUAGUUUUUUGUACGUUACACAUUUAUUCUCUUGUGCUUGAAAAAGUAAUGACCAAAUUAUUUAACUCCUGGACUAAAAUACAAGACAUAACUUGCUGCAUGCAAAGACGACAUCAAAUCCUGGUUAUUAUAUAUCAACAAAAAUUCUCAGCCGAACAAAUAAAUUCCAAUUAACCCAAGCAAUAAGUAAAUUAUCUAUCAUUAAUAUUAUUAAAAUCUUUCCGAUGUUGAUCAACGCUUUUCUAUUCGUACAAAACUUUUAUAAUCACAAAAAAUUCCCAUUCCACAGAAUGUAUUAAUUUUCAAAAAUGUACAGUCUUUACUUCUUUUUUAAAUUUACUACCAACUUAAAUUUCGAAUAAAAACGAAGACACCUCAUAGGGUAAGGUGGACAUUGUAUAGCCACACCCUCCCCCUCACCCAUUUUUCAGCCUACCCUAUAGGGAAUAAAUAAUGAAUGAUCCCUAAACCAAUGGCUUGAUGACCUGAUUUCAGAUAUAAACGAAUGUACAGUGACGCCAAAUGUCUGCCUCAAAAGUAUGAUGUGUGAAAAUACUCUCGGUGGGUAUGACUGCAAAUGUCGAAGUGGUCGCGUUAUUGUUGGGAAUAUUUGCAAAGGUAAAUAUAGCUAAAACAUCUAUAUCUCUCUGUGUAAAUAUUGAAUGUAAUAAGCAAUAUUAAACGCGAAAUAGAGCAACUAUGUCAUAGCCAAGGCAAAAUAGGACACACCAUUGCGGAAACAUUAUGUUCCGAUGCCCACCUAGAAAUAUUUGUCACUGACUCCUUUGCCUUUAAAUUUAAUUAGUCCUCUGUGUGUAUUGUUCGUUGGAACAACCAUUACCACCAGAAUAAAUUAUUCCAUACAGCACUUCGAGUUAAGUAAAAAAGAAAUGUAUGGAAGAUCAGAAUAAACGCUGGAUUUUUUUUGAGGUUGGUCAGACAGUGAAACAUUAAAUUUUGUUCUAAUGUUCUAUAGCGGUCAAAACGUAUGCUGGUCGUUUGUCAAUUAAAAAUCUUCAGUAUCGUCCAAUCUACAACAACUCACAAAGCAAAGAGUAUAUUGAAUUAAGCAACACCAUGAAACAUGCUGUAAGUAUUUUGAUUCAAUCGGUACAGGAUAUUGAUUUUUCGAUCAAAACAACACGCUGAAAUUAAUUUCACAUGCAUGCGAAGUAAUUACGAAUUAGUUGAAGUUGUUGUGUUGCACAUCAUAGCAGCAGAUGCCAUAAAUAGGCACGCGAUGAGGUGAGACAAAACACUUGUAGUAUAACCAGUGUACGAGCUGUAUAGUCCUGCUCAUACCAGUUCUCAAUUCAAAUUAAAAAUUGUCUUCACCCUUUCAAAAUUUAGAUUAGAGAAUUGUAUCAAAAUACUUCAUACGGUGACUUGGUUGUUGAUGUUCUUAUUAACAGAAUUUAGUAAGUAUAUUUUAUUUUAAGCAUUUCGAAGUUGUUUUUUGUAUGAAUGACAAAAAGUAAGAAUUCCUUCGAACCCUGUUUAAUAUAUCGAACUAAACAAAUUAGAUCUAUAUAUUUCACAAUCAGUGGCGCCGCCAGCUCGAUUAUUGGGGGGGGGGGGGGAAUAUUGAUAUCUUCGUGUUCUGCAUUAUUAACUUCUUUUGAAAUCCAUUGUUUUUAUGGUCUGUGAACACAAAUAUAUGAAUAUUCGCCCCCCCCCCCCAAUUAUCGAGCUGGCAGCGCCACUGUUUACAAUAUAUAACGAGGAUAAGUUAGAUGGUGGAGCACCAAUUCAACAUGCCUGAACAUACAAUGAAACAAUUGUCUGACAUGAGCAAACAUUCAAUAAUUUGAAUUUAUUUUUCUGCUAUAGCAACGGUUCUAUUCGUGUGGAUUACGAUGUGAUGUUUAACUCCACUGCUACAAACAUCACAGCAGAAUCACUAAAUACAGAGCUAGGACAAAUUGUAAAUGCGGCGAAUGGUACAGUUGGAAAUUCUCUAGUCCUUGGACAAAUUGAAGGAGGUCGUCUGUUCAUCAUUGAAGGUAUAGAUACAGUAUGGGUUCCAAUUUUAAUCACAUAGUCUCCUAAUUGAAAUAUUCCGUAGAGAUUCUUUGAAUAAAAAUUACAUUGGAGUGGAUUUCAACUCACUUUUCCUAAUAUGUUGCAAACUUCGUCAUUUACUUCGCAAAGGUUAUAAUGAUUCACAUGCAGUUUAACUGAACAAAAUCUCCGAUUGGCUAAUAGAGAAAGGGAGGGAACGAAAUGCGUAGUUUACAAGUUGAAUUUUAUUAUGCAUACGCUUUUGGUUUUGAAAAUGAAUUUUUGCCAAUCGAAUGAAGGUUAGCAAAAUUAGCGAAAUUGACUGAAAAUGAAAUUUAUUCAAUAGUAAACUGUUUCGAGGUACUGGCGUGUAUUAAUUAAUAGUCAAACAACUCAUUAAUAAUUCAUAAAGCUUAUUAGAAAAUCAUGACAACCAUAACAUAUCACGUGAAAAGGCUUUAUACCUGCAUGAUAAAAGUCAUCUUCAUUAAAUUAAUAUUCUUUAUAUAAAGAUCCAUCCUAAUUAGCAGCCUUUAUACAAAGAAUACUAACGAGAUAGCCUGCGAACAGGCUCUCAAGCUGAAUUGAGAGCCUGCAUCGAUGACUAAUCAAUUUGAAUAUCUGCGUCUCAAAUCGUGACGCAAAAUUCUCAUUGGUCAGAUGCUAUAAUUUAUAUGUUUCCGCUGAGCUCUAUAUAUGUCAACUGCUGAAGCACUAUGCAUAAAAAACACAUUAACUGAUCAAAUUGGUCUUGGCCAUCUUAUCUCAAAGCACGAAAUGUUCUGUUUUGAGAAAACAGUAUUUAAAACAUUGGAACUUUUGCUUGAAUAUCUUAUAUUUCGAAAAACAGUAUAACAAAAAUGCGGUCUAAAUUUAGUUUGCACGGUCUAAAUUUAGUUUGCACGAAAGUUGUAAACAACACCAUAUUUGGAAAAACGAACGUUACGGGGCAGAUAUUCAAAUUGAUUAGUCAUCGAUGCAGGCUCUCAAUUCAGCUUGAGUGCCUGUUCGCAGGCUAACUAACGAGAUGGCAUCUAUUGUAGUCGUGCUUGAAGUUUAAAUUAUCUCAAAUGAGCUUAACUCGUCAAUCUUCGUCUUAGUAAGACAAUAAGAUCGUCCAGUGUAAAACAUGGUUCAAUUGACCCCUGAGCAGAGAAACAAAUACCUUGCAGCAGACUCGCAUUGCUUUUGGAUUGAUUGACUUUUCAUAAUUAAUGUAUUUUCAAUUCCCAACAGUGGAAGAAUGUGAUUUGGACCGGCAAUUUCUUUUUGACGAGUAUAUGGCCAUUUCUUAUCGUUACGGUUUAAUAAAGCUAUCAUAUAUAGAAAAGCUAAAUAUAACAGCUCUUUGCUCCUACGUAAAAAUUGAAUUGUUUAGCUAUGAUGCACGACAGCCUGUUGAAUUUCCAUAGAGUUUUUCUUAUUCACCCUGUAUAUGAAUAAUAUAUAUACAGGGUGUCUAAAAAACGCAAUGGAAAUUCAACAGGUUGUCGUGCAUCGUAAACUAAUUAGCUAAACAAUUCAAUUUUUACAUAGAAUUAAAGAGCUGUUACUUACUGUAGCUUCUCUAUGAUACCUUUUUUAAAUCGUAACAAUGAGAAAUGGCCACAUAAACGUCAAAUUAAAAUUUGCCGGUCGAAAUCACAUUCUUCCAUUCUUCCAAAUUGAAAAUACAUUAAUUAUGCAAAGUCAGUCAAUCCAAAAGCAACGCGAGCCUGCUGUAAGCUAUUUGGUUCGUAAAACGUUUUGAUGAUGAAUGUUCUCUGUUCAUGGGUUAAUUCAACCAUGUUUUGUGGGCGUUCUUAUUGAGUUAUUAGCGAGGUUUAGCAAAGACGACGCGACGUCAAAGACGACGUGAAAAUGGCGUAAAAAUGGCGUAGGCACUUCCAUAGAUGGGCAUGUCACGCCAUUUUUACGCCAUUUUCACGUCGUCUUUGACGUCGCGUCGUCUUUGCUAAACCUCGCUAAUGUCGCACUAAGACGAAGAUCGACGAGUUGAGCUCAUUUUAGAUAAUUUAACAUUCAAUUUUAAUUCCUUCUUGGGAAAUGUUUAUGUAGCCUAGUUUCGUUUUCCAUGCAAUUCCCAAUGGUGGAAGAAUGUGAUUUCGACCGGCAAUUUUUAUUUCACGAGUAUUUGUGGCCAUUUCUCAUCGUUACGAUUUAAAAAGAGUAUCAUUGAAAAGCUAAAUAACUGUUCUUUCGUCUUAUGUAAAAAUUUAAUUGUUUAACUACGUUUAUGAUGCACGACAGCCUGUUGAAUUUUCAUAGCGUUUUUUUAGACACCUUGUAUAUUAUUGUCGCAAGGAGAAUACAUUUACAUUGUUAAUAGCAGUUUAACUGUUUAAUAAAAUGAAGGUUAUACAGGGUGUAUAAAAAAAACGCAACCUCGGAAUUUCCUAAGAAAUCACUUUGCAAUUCUUAAGCAUGAAAGAUUUUAGGCCCCUGGGAAUUAAAAUCGAAUUGCUAACAGAUCAUAUUACUAUUGUUCUGCAUUAAAUAAAUGCAUAAAUUUUGCUUUAUGCACUCGCGUGUGCAGUAAUUUUGACAGUUGUGCUAUUUUAAAUUCCCUGGCGCCUAAAAUCAUUUGUCUUUAAAACAAUGUCGAUUUCUUGGGAAAUUCCGAGGUUGCGUUUUUUUUUAUACACGCUGUAUAUGUUCUACAAUGCAAUGUAAUACAAUACAAUGCGAUGCGAUGCGAUGCGAUGCGAUGCGAUGCAAUGCAAUGCAAUAACAUUAACGUCAGUUAUAAUCAAUGGCCAUCAAUGGCGAAAAUUGUAUAACUGCUAGUUUGUGAAGUUAUUAAUUAUUUGGUUUAUUUUAGAUAAAGACGAGUGUACGACUGCGGACCCUUGCGAUGAAAAUGCAGUUUGUAAUAAUACAGACGGAUCUUUUGUUUGUCGUUGUCAUUCCGGAUUUUCUGGUGACGGUCUUAUUUGCACAGGUGCAUAUUAUUUUAUAAGAUUUACAAAUCUUGAUAUUUACCCAUUCCGUAUAGUGUCACCAACCCACUUUGUAAUAGAUAAAGCGUGAGCUACCGCGUUCGUAUUGUAUCAGACAUGUACCAACUCCAGCCGAAUGGGCGAGAUGUUGUAUAUCUGAUCCAACACGUACGCGAAUGCUUUAUAUAGCUUCUGAAACGUCUUGAUGAGAUAACAUUCGUAUUCUUCAACAAUUUAACAUUUAUUAUUGACAUUUGGUGAGAAAAUCGGAAUUAAAGUUCAUGUAAAUCAUGCUGAUUUAUGUAUCAGGUUUUUGUGUUUUAUUCGUGAAUUAUUAAUGAUUUCACAAAUACUGCAUAGAGCAUACAUUACCUUGUAGUAAAUGCUUUAAUAUUAAGCAAUCUUUAUUCACCAGGAAUAAGACACUGAUCCACUGAUCACCUUUAAAUCCUAUCUUGAACACACUGAACCGUUAUUUCACAAGUUGAAGAUCUUAAAUAUUUUUAAGAUCAAUGAUUAUUUAAGUUGCUUAUUCAUGUACCGUAUUAAAUACUUCCAAAAUUUACCUGAAUUUUUUAAUAAUUACUUCACGCGGAAUAGUGAAAUACAUCGUUAUAAUACUCGAAAUGCAAACAAAUUUCACGUUAAGGCCACAUAAAAAAAAAUAGUUGGUUAGCAUCCCCGCCCGCCCACAAAAAAGGCCCCGCUCAGGAUUUUUUUUUUAUUUUUUAUUUUAAAAACCCCCGACUUUUAUUGAUCAACGGGCUCUAAUAUAUGUAGUAUUUCUGUCGUCUGUAGUCAAUUGUGUUAAUAAUUUGCGAAAUUGCGUGCGAAAAUGACGGUAUGAAUUAUAUUUUGAAAUAUAUAAAAAAAAGAUCGGUACUGCGCAAGAAAAUCCAGUUUCGGACCUAACAGAGAGUAAAACCAAGGCGUUAAAAAUUAGUAAAAAUUUAAAAAAAGCGCCCGCCCCCCACUUUUUGGCAAAAGCCAAGGACGCUAACCAACUAUUUUUUUUAUAUGGCCUAACAAUAAAAGAACCAAUUAUGCCAAACAUACCGUUAUUAACAAGGGAAUUGAAAUAUGGAAUUCCCUUGAUGAAAAGAUUAGCAAUAUUAGGUCUUAUUUUACUUUUAAAAUAAAAUAAAAUCAAAGAUAUUCUUUUUGGAAUAUAUUUGAUUGUCAUCAAACAAGUCAUAUCUUCAUGUCUUGUAUAUAGAAAAAUAAUUUUUAGUUAAAUUAAACUUUCCUUCUUAUUAUUUCUUAGUUAUAUUAUAAUCAUUACUUGUAAAUAUUCUAUUCGACUCUCAAAAAUUAUUCUUAUGAAUAUUGUAAAACUAGGGACCUCUUACCAAAAAGCCUGAAAGGGUUUCAUUAAGGUCCCUAGCCCUUCACGUUGUUAUUAUAGCACUGUAAUUAUGUAAACUUUUUAUUGGGCAAAAUAAAUAAUAAUAAUAAUAAUAAUAAUAAUAAUAAUAACUAGUCACAGAAAUGUUUUGGUACUUUUUCUUCCACCAAUAAGCAAUGAAUUAUCUCUGAUACAAAUUUAAAUCUUACAGAUAUUGACGAAUGCUCUACUAAUCCUUGUCAUGAAAAUGCCACUUGUGAAAAUUUUCCGGGAAAUUUCUCUUGUACUUGUAAAACCAGCUACACUGGUAACGGGACGCAUUGCACUGGUACGUUGAAUUAUUUAUAUUUUUGA